AUGUGGCUCCCGUUCGCCAUUACAACCAUCCUGUUAUUACCAUCCCAGGCAUAUAACUGGACAACCACCAUCUCCCCCUCACCGUCUCCGCUAGUUGGAGCCACGGUCGCCAUCAUCGAAGAUUUCUUCGCGCCUGAAUGUAGCCAGCUGUACAUCCGACGCCGAGCGAGCAACAAACGAAAUGUCCGUUUCCAGCACGACCUGCUCGGAGCGAUACUUCCGCGGAUCGAACCGAAAAUCCGCGUACAGCUGGAAACCAUCCGUGCAGAGGUGUUGAACCAAUCCAGGGCUCACAACGUCUUCUUCGUGGAUGACUUCAGGGCGUUCAGCGAAAUCAACGACAAGAUGAGAGUCCAAACGUACGACUAUAGUGGAUACUUUUUGAUAAUCGUGACGGAUUCAUCGCGGAAUAACUUCAACACCGUUCAGCAGAUCAUGGAUGACUUAUGGUCGCAUUACGUGAUCAACGUUGCCGUGCUGUUGAGCUUCGACGAUUCGCCGGAAGAUGCUUUCUACUAUACGUACUUUCCAUUCAGCCCUGGAUACUGUGAGCAAGUGCACCCGUGGCUGUGGAAGAUAUACAGUAAGGGUAGGUUCGUGGAUCCCAAGAGAGCAUUCUACCCCAAGAAGUUGAAGAAUUUCUACGGAUGUCCUCUGAAGAUGGUUACAUUCGAUGUUCCUCCGUUCAUGAUUAUGGGAGCUGAGUUUGAUGGAACGGUUUCCGGAUUAGACGGCAUCGAUGGAAUCUUAACGCGGGUUCUCAGUCAGUUGUUGAACUUCACUUUAAGUAUUGUCAUAAUGGAACCCCCGGAAUGGGGCAUCACGGACAAGCUCGGCAGUUGCACUGGUGCUUCUCGGGUUCUACGGCAACGGAUAGUGAACUUUACUGUGGGGUUCUGGUCGAUGACUUACCGCAGAAAUCGUUACUUGGGUCACACCUUCCCGUACUACACAUCUUUGAUGACUACCAUCAUUCCUCCUGGACCGUCUUACAGCUCAGCAGAGCAUCUCCUUCUGCCAUACGCACUUGACACAUGGUCCUGUGUAAGCGCAAUAAUCCUGAUUGCGGUAUCGGUGAUCAUCGUAAUCAAGUUCCAUGGACGUUCUGCGCAGCACUUUGUAUUUGGACGUUCCAUAACCACACCUCUGCUGAACACAUUCAACAUCUUCUUCGGUGGAUCGCUUUCUCGGUUGCCGAUACGGAACUUCUCCCGAACUCUGCUAACAUUCUGGCUUCUCUACAGCAUUGUAAUUCGAACUUCGUAUGUCGCUUCCCUCUUCAAGUUUCUUCAAUCACAACCGAACAAAACCCUCCCGAAGUACAUCCCGCAGUUUAUCUCCGCCGGCUAUCACAUUCGGAUGGCCCGCAACUACAGCUACAUCUUCGAAGCCUUUCCCAGGGUUCAUGCCAAACUACAGCAGUCCAAUCUGACCAACUUCUGGGCCAGCGAAGUUAACGAACUCCAAGACCCAUCGACUCGCUACAUAAUACUCAUUCCGAUUGAAACGGUGGCCUACCUGAACAAGCAACUCACCAAGCAAGGCAAAGUGCUACGGAUCAGCGGCGAUCGAGUCUACUCGUCCAAACUGACCAUCUACAGUCAACGAUCGUCACCUGUUCUACAACCGUUCAACUACAUACUGGGGCUGAUCGACACGGCCGGGCUCAUCAACUAUUGGGCUUCGUCAUUUUCGUUGCCGAUCUUUCUGAUAGAGUCGAUCGAGCCCAACGGUCCUCGGCAGUUGACCGUCGAACAGAUCGUCGGCUGUCUGGAGUUGCUGGCUUUCGGAAUGAUCGCGAGUUGUCUUGUGUUGAUGAUCGAGUGCAUCAUAGAUAAAUGGAAACGUUCGCGCCCAAGGCGCCGCCGGCGUGUGCGAUUCGUUCGAUAG